AGCGAGAGCUGGUGGUCCGCCAUCAUUGAAUGUGGAGGUAGAGUUGAGUGAAAACGGCGGCGGAUUGUCAACAACUAAUCGAGGAGAGGGGACACUCACUUUCGGGGAAGGUCAAGUGGAAGCUGACAGUCGGCUCCACCAACUUACUCCUUUGUCCCUUCCCAGAGAAGAUUUUCAUGUAAAUAGUUACAGUUAAAGAAAGAAACCCAAGUAUGUCCAACCUUAGCAAAGGCGGCCCCAAGAAGGACACCAAGAUGAGAAUACGAGCUUUUCCUAUGACUAUGGAUGAGAAGUACGUAAACAACAUCUGGGACCUUCUGAAGAAUGCCAUUCAGGAGAUCCAGAGGAAGAACAACAGCGGCCUGAGCUUCGAGGAGCUCUACCGAAACGCCUACACCAUGGUGCUCCACAAGCACGGGGAGAAGCUGUACACAGGCCUGCGAGAGGUCGUCACCGAGCACCUCAUCAACAAAGUACGAGAAGACGUGCUAAACUCCCUCAACAACAACUUCCUGCAGACUCUCAACCAGGCUUGGAACGACCACCAGACGGCCAUGGUCAUGAUCAGAGACAUCCUCAUGUACAUGGACCGGGUAUACGUGCAGCAGAACAACGUGGAGAACGUGUACAACCUGGGCCUCAUCAUCUUCCGAGACCAAGUGGUGCGCUACGGCUGCAUCCGAGACCACCUCCGGCAGACCCUGCUGGACAUGAUCGCCCGAGAGAGGAAGGGAGAGGUGGUGGACCGGGGGGCCAUCCGUAACGCCUGCCAGAUGCUGAUGAUUUUAGGCCUCGAAGGGAGGUCCGUUUACGAAGAAGAUUUCGAGGCUCCGUUUUUAGAAAUGUCAGCUGAAUUUUUCCAGAUGGAGAGCCAGAAGUUCCUAGCUGAGAACUGUGCCAGCGUCUACAUCAAGAAGGUGGAGGCGCGCAUCAACGAGGAGAUCGAGCGGGUGAUGCACUGCCUAGACAAGUCCACGGAGGAGCCCAUCGUGAAGGUCGUGGAGCGCGAGCUCAUCUCCAAGCACAUGAAGACCAUAGUGGAGAUGGAGAACUCGGGCCUGGUCCACAUGCUCAAGAACGGAAAAACGGAAGACCUGGCUUGUAUGUACAAGCUGUUCAGCCGAGUGCCAAACGGCCUGAAGACCAUGUGUGAGUGCAUGAGCUCGUACCUGAGGGAGCAAGGCAAAGCCCUGGUGUCGGAGGAGGGCGAGGGCAAGAACCCUGUGGACUACAUCCAGGGUCUUCUGGACCUGAAGUCUCGUUUCGACCGCUUCCUCUUGGAGUCCUUCAACAAUGACCGUCUCUUCAAGCAGACCAUUGCAGGCGACUUUGAGUACUUCCUCAACCUGAACUCGCGCUCACCGGAGUACCUGUCCCUCUUCAUCGACGACAAGCUCAAGAAGGGAGUCAAGGGGCUGACAGAACAGGAGGUGGAGUCUAUCCUGGACAAGGCCAUGGUGCUGUUCCGCUUCAUGCAGGAGAAGGACGUGUUUGAGAGGUACUACAAGCAGCACCUGGCCAGAAGACUCCUCACCAACAAGAGCGUCUCUGACGACUCUGAGAAAAACAUGAUCUCCAAACUCAAGACUGAGUGCGGAUGUCAGUUCACCUCUAAACUGGAAGGAAUGUUCAGGGACAUGAGCAUCUCAAACACAACCAUGGACGAGUUCCGGCAGCAUUUACAAUCAACUGGGGUGUCUUUAGGUGGUGUGGACUUAACAGUAAGAGUUCUCACUACAGGAUACUGGCCCACCCAGUCAGCCACACCCAAAUGCAACAUCCCCCCCUCACCCAGACACGCCUUUGAGGUCUUCAGAAGGUUCUACCUGGCUAAGCACAGCGGCAGACAGCUCACCCUGCAGCAUCACAUGGGCUCUGCAGACCUCAAUGCCACCUUCUACGGCCCUAUCAAAAAGGAGGACGGUUCAGAUGCAGGCGUCGGUGGAGCCCAAGUAACAGGCUCCAACACCAGGAAGCACAUACUGCAGGUGUCCACCUUCCAGAUGACCAUCCUCAUGCUCUUCAACAACAGAGAGAAAUCCACUUUUGAGGAGAUCCAGCAGGAGACAGACAUCCCUGAGCGGGAGCUGGUGCGGGCGCUGCAGUCUCUGGCCUGUGGGAAGCCCACGCAGCGGGUCCUCACCAAGGAGCCCAAGUCCAAGGAGAUCGAGAACGGACAUGUGUUCACUGUCAACGACCAGUUCACCUCCAAACUGCACAGAGUAAAGAUCCAGACAGCAGUGGCUGCCAAGCAGGGCGAGUCGGACCCAGAGCGCAAGGAGACGCGGCAGAAGGUGGAUGACGACAGGAAGCACGAAAUCGAGGCGGCCAUCGUGCGCAUCAUGAAGUCCAGAAAGAAGAUGCAGCACAAUGUUCUAGUUGCAGAGGUAACCCAGCAACUGAGAGCGCGAUUCCUUCCCAGCCCUGUGGUGAUUAAGAAGCGCAUUGAAGGACUUAUUGAGAGAGAAUACUUGGCAAGAACACCCGAAGAUCGCAAAGUGUACACAUAUGUAGCAUAAAGAAUGCAAAAUACAGUGACGUGGAAAAUGAAAACGACAAGAGAGCUUUCUUUUGGGACUGUGUUACACGCAUGAA